CUCCUUGCUAGCAGUCUCGCUUGCUGCUACCCAGGUCACUUGUCCACGAGCUAGUGCUCAACGAAGCUGCUUACAACGAGAUUAAUAAGGCGUAAACCAUGGCAUCCAAGGCCGUCCUCUUCUUGGCACUCAACCUCCUCUUAUUCACGGUGGCCAACGCCUGCGGCAGCUGCCCGACUCCAACGCCCCCGGCUGUGCCGCCGCCGCCGCCGCCUUCUACCCCACCCCCAUCCAGCGGCAAGUGCCCGGUGAACGCGCUCAAGUUCGGCGUGUGCGCCAACGUGCUCGGCCUCGUCAAGGGCGAGGCCGGCAAGGUGCCGGCUGAGCCGUGCUGCAGCCUCCUCAACGGCCUCGCCGACUUGGAGGCCGCCGUCUGCCUCUGCACGGCCAUCAAGGCCAACGUGCUCGGCGUCGCCAUCGACGUCCCUAUCAAGCUCACAGCCCUCGUCAACUACUGUGGCAAGUGCGUGCCCAAAGGUUACACCUGUGCGUGAAUAAACACUUCCGCGGCAACACGCUCGUAUAGACCGCUCGCGUCCGUAAUAAGCACGCACCUGCAUGGCAUACAUGCGUUGGGUUUGCUGAACUCUUCUGUGUCCCAUUUGUGCAACUUCGGUUCUGCAACCUAGAACCAUGCAUUUCGGCCAAAUGCUUUGUCAGUUUGUGUGUGUAAUGUGUCUCAUGAUGAAUUUCGUUUCAUUUGCAUUUGUUCAUAAGAGGCAUGCAUCUCCUUGAAUGAACAAGAUGACUGUUUGCUUCUAGUUUUUAUAUUUACCAAUCAUGUAAUCUGUUGGAAAACAUUUAUGGUGUAUGUAAAAUCAAGUGCUUGGAUUACCUGUAUUUUUUUCUAUCCGUUGAUCUAUGGAAAAUAUUUAAAAAAUUAAAUUAAA